AUGCAGGUGAUAACGUGCGCGCUGCUGACGCUCGUCACCCUCAGCGGCAACGCGGCGCAGCCCGACUCCUGCCCGGCCGCGUGCGAGUGCUCCGAGUGGAGGACUCACACCAUCUCCUGCUUUGACAUUGAAAUCCUCCCGAGGUUUCCAGCAAGCACGGAGACUCUAUGGCUUUUUGAGACUCGGCUGUCUUCUGUGCCCACAGAUGCUUUUACAAACAUGGUUAACAUCUCAAGAAUAUAUAUAUCUGUGGAUGUGAUUCUGCAAAGGCUGGAGAAACACUCAUUUUAUGGUCUGAAGAAAAUCACCCACAUAGAGAUUCGGAAUACAAAAAGGUUGGCAUACAUUGACCCAGAAGCCUUUAAACAUCUCCCAAACCUUAAGUACCUGGGGCUUUUCAAUACUGGCCUGACUUUCUUCCCCGCUUUGAACAACAUCUACUCCAAUGAUACAAACUUCAUACUGGAAAUUGUUGAUCAUCCCUAUAUUACCGAGAUCCCUGCCAACUCAUUCCGUGGCAUCACAAGUGAAGUGCUGACAGUCAUGCUGUAUGGAAAUGGCUUCAGAGAGAUACAACAUCAUGCCUUUAAUGGGACAAAGUUAGAUCAAGUGGACCUCCACAGGAAUAAGUAUUUAACCAGGAUGGAUGAAAGGGCUUUUGCAGGAGCCAUCAAUGGUCCCUUGCUUCUAGAUGUGUCCCUGACGGGAGUCACCUCCUUGCCCAUCACAGGCAUGGACUCUCUGCGGGAGCUGAAGGCACGCAAUGCCUGGGCCCUCAAGAAGCUGCCGCCCAUCAAGGCCUUCAAGCACCUCACCACUGCCAAUCUCACCUACCCCAGCCACUGCUGUGGCUUUAAAAACCUGAAAAAGAAACGAGGCUUUCUGGAGUACAUAAUCUGUAACCUAACCGCCUUCUACGACCAGCAUCACAAGCGUUCGGUGGGACCUCUUCGCAUGCCUUCCCUUCAAGAAGACAGUUUUGUGGAAACACCUCCAGAUCAUGAGCAGAGUGACAGGGAGCACAGAGAGUCCCAGCAAGACUGGAGGAGGGGAGAUUUCCAUGGCAGCCUUCACUACCACACCUACUUUGGGGGACAGCCAGAUGAGGAAGUGGGUUUUGGAGAGACCCUGAAGAACCCCCAGGAAGACACCAGCCAAGACUUUGACAGUCGCUAUGAUUAUGUGGUGUGUGAGGAGGGAGAGGAAGUGGCGUGCGCACCAGUGCCUGAUGAGUUCAAUCCUUGUGAGGACAUAAUGGGUUUUGGCUUCUUGCGAGUGUCUGUGUGGUUUGUGAGUUUGUUGGCUGUUCUGGGAAAUGUGGUGGUGCUCCUGGUGUUGCUCACCAGCCACUACAAGCUCUCAGUCUCCCGUUUCCUCAUGUGCCACCUGGCCUUUGCAGAUCUAUGCAUGGGGAUUUACCUGCUGCUCAUCGCCUCCGUAGACCUCCACACACGUUCUGAGUACUUCAACCAUGCCAUAGACUGGCAGACAGGCCCCGGUUGUGGACUUGCAGGGUUUUUUACGGUCUUUGCCAGCGAGUUGUCUGUCUACACCCUGACAAUUAUCACCCUUGAGAGGUGGUAUGCCAUCACCUUUGCUAUGCGGCUGGAUCGCAAGCUGCGUCUGCAUCAUGCAGCAGCCGUGAUGCUAGCUGGCUGGAUUUUCUGCCUCCUCUUGGCCCUACUCCCACUGUUUGGAGUGAGCAGCUACCAGAAGGUCAGCAUCUGUCUCCCGAUGGACACCCAGUCCACAGUGGCUCAAGUCUACAUUUUGUCGGUGUUGGUCCUGAACAUCUUGGCUUUUUUCGUUAUCUGUGCUUGCUACUUCAAGAUCUACUGCACAGUUCACAACCCUCACUACCGCUCUGGAUCCAAAGAUACUAACAUCGCUAAGCGCAUGGCUGUCCUCAUCUUCACUGACUUCUUGUGUAUGGCACCUAUUUCGUUCUACGCCAUGUCAGCUGUGCUAGACCGGCCUCUUAUCACAGUUUCCAACUCCAAGAUUUUGUUAGUGCUCUUUUACCCUCUAAAUUCUUGUGCAAACCCAUUCCUCUAUGCAAUCUUUACCAAGGCCUUCAGGGGAGAUGUGUUCAUCCUCCUCAGUAAGGUGGGCUUAUGUCAGCAGCGAGCGCAGCUGUUCAGAGGCCAGACGGUCUCAUCAAAGGGCAGCAGCAGGACUUCUCAAAUCCGUAAGGAGAAGGUUAGGAAAGGCCAGGAAGAAGUGCCCAUCCACCUGAAGAGGUGCUCUAGACAUACCUACCACCUGGCAGUGGGCCAACAGACGAGCCCAGAGGAGAGCCAGAGCGUGGACACGUGAGCCCAACACCAUCUCAAGGUAGUAAAGAUAGACAAGUUCAGAUGGGAGAGGAGAGGCCUUGAAGCAAUCGCGGAUGGAUCUGUUUGGAUAUUUAACAGAAAGCUCAAGUAUUCUGUAUCUGCUUCAGCUUUCAGACAAAGUUCAGCUGUUUUCACAAUUUCAGCUGUGACGAUUUUAUGGUUCCAGUUGUUGGAAAAUAUCAAGUGUCACUGAAAUAUGAGCCUGACUUCAUCUCACUUGUAGUCCUUUGUAUUCUAAUAGAAUAGCUAGAAUAGACAUUAUUUUCAAGAAAACAUUAAGGAUACGUGUAGCGAUGAACAAAAUAUAUUUUCCUAGUAUGUUGACAAUAUGUUUAGAGUAAUUCUGAUAAAAAAUUUAAUCUGCAGUGAUAUGAGCUUUCUGAGGCACAUUAUUUAUGAGUGAUUGUUGUGUUGUAGGACAGCCUGCUGGCUCAGUGCUGUUCAACAGUGAAAACUUUAUCCAGUAUAAGGUAAUGAAAGAAUAUUUCUUGUUUUCAUCAUAUUAACACCUAUGUGUAUCAUGUAAAUACUACAGAAAAAUGGAUGAAGAUUUCCAUAAUCAUAAAUACAAACAGGGUUCGAUGUUGGAAAGCAGAUAUGAGUCUUUUUUUACUGUAGAAAU